AUGAGCUGCUUGCUAAAUAAUGCUAUACAAAUUGCGAUAAAUAAGCUAUAUUCACAUGAUGUAAAACUGAAAGAUGAACAGUUCCGUGCUGUAGAAUCAGUCUUGCGUGGAAAGGAUGUAUUGGCUGUGUUGCCCACUGGCUUUGGCAAGUCGCUAAUAUAUCAAAUAUUGCCCGAUGUAUUCGAUUAUAUGUCGGCAAAUUCACAUUUGAGAGAAAGAUGUGUUGGUUCGUUGAUUUUGGUCGUGUCGCCGUUAAAUGCGCUAAUGUGCGAUCAAAUUACAAAGUUAAAUAAGGCUGGAAUUCAAUCAUUUAUGGUAACAGAAGUGGUUUCAGAAAAUGAAAAAGCACAAUAUCAUAUUUCUGUAAAGUCUUUAAAAGAACUAUCCUGUACUUGCAAAAUCCUUUAUUUUCAUGCAGAAUUAUGCGUCAAGAAUAAGUCUUUUUUCAAUGUCCUUAAGUCUCCAGGAUUUCAAGAAAGGGUUAAGUGUUUAGUUGUUGAUGAAGCCCAUCUUAUUAAAGAAUGGUAUGAUAACUGUAUACCAUAAUUUGCAUUCAGUUAUAUUUUAUUUGACAUGUAUUGAGUCAUAAUGGUAUUUUACAAUAUUGCCUUUAAUAUACACCCCCCCCCCCUAUGGAUGAGAAUUUCUGAGGGGGUUUGAAAAAGCCAUUUCUGAGGGGUUGUGUGCAUUGGCAUCCUUUGAUCUUUGCGUUUUUUUCUUGAGGGGUAAGGCAAAAUUUCUUAAUUUCUGGGGGGGGUGUUUGUGUCAGCACUUUGAUCUUUUUUUCUUAGGGGUUCAAAUUUUAUUGACCUCGUCCAUAGGGGAGUGUGUACAUUAAAUGGAAUGGCCCCCUACAUACGUACUGUGCAUAGAAUCAACUGGGAUUUACACUGGUCAAUAGAGGUGUGCAAAUCCAAAGUCACUUUGUCAUCUUCUUUUCAUGCAUAUUAUUAUUUUAUUAAUUUAAAGGGUUAUUAAACAUUAGCCAAUAUAUUUAUUAAACAUUAGCCAAUUGUAUAUAUAUAUAUUAUAUAUUUUAUUAAACAUUAGCCAAUUGUAAAUGUCCAAUCCAAUGCACACCUCUACUGGUCAUGUUCUUCCUUGCUUUUGUAAGUUAGGUUAACCAUAUCUUUUUAAAGUAUUUAAUUGCUAAUUGUUACUCAAGACAUUUAAAACUAGCAAUGCGCCCAAAUGUGCCUGCUUUACUAUUUACUCUGUCUAAUGCCAGACGAUUUUACUAAUCAGUGGUAUACGGUCAGUAAAUGGUUAAAAGUUGGGUAAUUGGAUUACAUUUGUUAAAGUAGGGUGAACCGUGGUAUGUUGCACUUGUUAAGCCAGUAUUGGGUUGACAUGUGAAUUUGGAUGGCUUUAUUAACAUAUCAACUAAAGGUGCAAGGUUAUGUGUCACAUGCUUGUCAUACUGUUCUGUUCAUAUUUGUAGGAAGACCUUCAGGCCUGCAUAUGGAAAAUUGGACAUACUGGGAAGUAUCUUUGCAAAUGUACCCUUUCUGGCUCUAACAGCUACAGCAAACAGUGAAACUAAGUCUAUGAUAAUUGAAUCAUUGCAGUUAACAGAUGUUGAGUUAAUUGAAGUCAAUCCAGAUCGUGAAAACAUAUUUUAUGAUGUUAAGAACAGACCAUCUCAUGGAGAUGAUAAACUCGAUCCCAUUCUUAAACCUGUUGCAAAUAUGUUGAAAGAGCUAAAACUUCAAAUGGAAUUAACAAUUAUUUAUGGCACACUGCAAACUUGUGCAGACUGCUUUUUGUAUUUUAGUCAGGCUCUGAAAAAACAUCAAUAUUUCCCUGAAGGAUCGGAGCCUAUUUCAAAGAACCGGCUUUUUGCACAGUAUCAUGCUGAAUGCCCAGAUCAUGAAAAGGAUAGGAUUAUUGAAGAACUUACUCAAGGUGUUUGUACUGCAAGAGUUCUUUUUGUUACAAUUGCCUUCGGGAUGGGAAUAGACAUUCAUGACAUUCGUCAUGUCAUUCACAUUGGGGUACCAAAAACUAUAGAGGAAUAUUUUCAAGAAACAGGACGUGCGGGUAGAGACGGAUGCCCAUCAGUUGCCACUAUGUAUUACAACAACUUCGAUAUUCGGAGUGGUAAACAUCAAGUGGAUGAAGUUCUGCGUGAAUUCGCUACAUCUAACUCGUGCAAAAGAAGUAUUAUUUUAAACUACUUUGGUCACAGCUUAAAAAGGGAAUCAGACUUUCAUAAUUGCUGCUCAUAUCAUAGAUCAGUAUGUAAAUGUCCAACUUGCUUGGUUGUUACCAGCAAUUCUGCAGAGGAUCAGACAACACCAGCACCUGCAAUAGAGCAUGUUUCAUAUUCAUGUUAUCAGAAAACAAAUAUCAAGAAUGAUCUUGAAGCAUACAGAGCAUCUUUGUGCUAUGGAAAUUCAUUUGCAGGCAACAUUACUUUAUCUACAGGCUUCAGUAUUGAAUUAAUAGACCUAGCUGUGGAGUGUUGUUCUGCAGUUAAAUCUGCAGAUGAUGUUUAUAAAAUCCUGCCUGUUUUCAGCAGAGAACAUGCACAUGCAAUCUUUGAAAUUAUCUCUCGCCAUACAACUUAA